CGUACAGUGGAGAACAAAGCCAUUCCAAAAUUUUCGGAAUUUAUUCAUUUGCACAUUGAUAUCGUAGCCAAAUCUCUUCCAGAAUCAAAUCAAGAAGCAGCACUAAAUGGCACAUGGAUAAAACGGUUUACCACUACAGCGACUAUUUUUGGUGUAUCAAAG